AUGCCUUCUAAUAGCAGCAGAAAAACAGACCGUAAAGGAAAAGGAAAAGCAUCUGCAAGUAUAUCUACCUCUGCAAACCGUGUUUUGGCUGGCCGUGUUGGACCUCGAGAAAUUGCCCCCAGUUUCUCAUCCGCAACUAUCCAAGAUCAGCAAUACGCGGAAAUUGUUGAAAUGUUUAACAAAGUAAACAACAGUAUCAACGGUGUCAAGGAUGACAUUGCUGCUGUCAAUAGCAACAUGACAGCCUUUAAAAACAGGAUGGGUGUUGUUGUUGACACGUCUGGAAAGACACAUAUGGCAUUUGCAGACUUUGCAACUGCCUAUGCCAACGAUCAGACUUGUAUGGCUAGUCUAGGACCAUCUCUGAUGCCAUCCUAUGUCCCCCAGACCUCCCUCAGUGAUGCCGAGAUUUCUGUCAUUAUCUCGGAAAUCUUCGCAGAAAAGUUGUGGGACUGGAAGUUCGAGUCUGACGACCCUGCUCUUGUUGCUGAGAACGAGAGUAAGAAGAAGUGGAACUUGAACAAGAAGAUUAACCACUGUGAUAACGUAGCUGUUAUCAACUACUUGAAGAGCUACAUUAGUUCCCAGACUCGUCUAGCUGGUACUCAUCCACGGGUGAUAAGUGAUAAAAUAAAGAACAGGUACAAGCACAGUCAUCAUACUUUUCACGAGUCUCCUGAGCAGAAGUCCAAGAAAAACAGCAAGGGGAGAGCAAACAGUCGUACUCUUCACUACAAUCUAUAUAACCAGAUGUCUAUCCAACGCAAGUUGACAUACAUGGACAACUGGGUAGCCAUUGAUGCUGCAAUGGGAUAUAAGACUGGAAACCCUGUUGAGAGGACCUAUCUCAAACUCUUUCAGAAGGAUGACAUGUCUGAUGGUGAGUCGGAUAUUGAGAUUUUCAACAGAUUGUUGACAAUGGUUGACUACAUUGAUCGUACCCAUCAUGUGUCAAAUGCGGGCGUGGGAACAAAGCCAAGAAUGAACAGAUAUCCAGCAACAUUGUUGCCUUGCUCUGUUCCUGCCACCCUGUCCCAGUCAUUGCCUCAUUGGGCAAUCAACGAUGAAUAA